AUGGGAAUGAAACACUCCUCCCGCUGCCUGCUCCUAAGGAGGAAAAUGGCGGAGAAUGCUACUGAGAACACCGAGGUCUGUAGUGGCCCUUCCCAGCCUCCUCAGCCUAUUGUCAUUCCGAAGCCUGUUCAAUCGGUCAUUCAUGUACCUUUGCAACCGAGCUGCCCAGGCCGAGGCAAGAUGGCAAAACUUCUGAAUCCAGAAGAAAUGACAUCCAGGGAUUACUAUUUUGAUUCCUAUGCUCACUUUGGAAUCCACGAGGAAAUGUUAAAGGAUGAGGUGCGCACAUUAACAUAUAGAAACUCCAUGUAUCACAAUAAACAUGUUUUUAAGGAUAAGAUUGUAUUGGAUGUUGGAAGUGGCACAGGAAUCCUCUCAAUGUUUGCUGCCAAGGCAGGAGCCAAGAAGGUGUACGGGAUUGAAUGCUCCAGUAUAUCUGACUACUCGGAAAAAAUUAUCAAGGCGAACCACUUGGAUAACAUAAUCACAAUAUUUAAAGGUAAAGUGGAAGAAGUUGAACUGCCUGAGGAUAAAGUAGACAUCAUCAUCAGUGAAUGGAUGGGUUACUGUCUUUUCUAUGAGUCAAUGCUAAACACAGUCAUCUUUGCACGAGACAAGUGGCUGAAACCUGGAGGGCUUAUGUUUCCAGACCGGGCCGCUUUGUACGUGGUAGCAAUUGAAGACCGACAGUACAAGGACUUCAAAAUUCACUGGUGGGAGAAUGUGUAUGGCUUCGACAUGACCUGUAUUAGAGAUGUUGCCAUGAAGGAGCCCCUGGUCGACAUAGUAGAUCCAAAGCAAGUGGUGACCAAUGCGUGUUUAAUUAAGGAAGUGGAUAUUUAUACAGUGAAGACUGAAGAACUUGCAUUUACAUCUGCGUUCUGCCUCCAAAUUCAGCGCAACGAUUACAUUCAUGCCUUGGUCACCUAUUUUAAUAUAGAAUUUACAAAGUGCCACAAGAAAAUGGGAUUUUCAACAGCCCCUGAUGCUCCAUAUACCCACUGGAAGCAAACUGUCUUCUACUUAGAGGACUACCUAACUGUGAGAAGAGGUGAAGAAAUCUAUGGAACUAUAUCAAUGAAACCAAAUGCAAAAAAUGUGCGUGACCUGGAUUUCACAGUAGACUUGGAUUUUAAAGGACAGCUGUGCGAAACGUCUGUAUCUAAUGACUACAAAAUGCGCUAG